AUGGAAAAGCAAUUUGAAAUCGCAGAAGUCUCUUCUCACGGGAUGAUCGGGAGUACUGAUCAAGAGAUGACCAAUGAGAUGGAAAGAAGGGUGCUUCGUAAAAUUGAUAUGGUCGUCUUACCUCUGAUGUGUCUGGUUUUCUUCUCUCAGUACCUCGACAAACAAAGCCUAAGCUACGCAAGUGUAUUUGGGCUGAUCGAAGACCUUCGAUUGGAUAGCUUCCAAUUUUCCUGGCUUGGAUCGAUGUUUUAUAUCGGUCAAUUCGUGUCCGAAUUUCCAUUCAUCUACUUGAUGAGUAGAUUGCCGUUGGUCAGAUUUGUGGGAGCCACAAUCAUUAUUUGGGGGGGGAUAUGCAUGUGCCUGGCGGCUAGCACCACUUUUAGCUCAUUCGUUGGAGUGCGAUUUGCUCUAGGCUUUGCAGAAGGAGCUGUCUCGCCUGCAUUUGUUACAAUUACUAGCAUUUGGUACAAAAAAGAGGAACAUCCAUUUCGAAUUGGUCUCUGGAUCUCGUGUAAUGGACUUGCCCAGGUUUUGGGUGCCUUAUUUAUGUAUGGCAUCGGCAAGAUGGAUGUGUCCAUGGAAGCAUGGAAGAUCAUGUUCCUCGUCUGUGGCGCACUGACUUCGGUUCUUGGCAUUAUUUUCUUAGUCUUGAUGCCAACUGGGCCCGAGACAGCCUGGUUCCUUACGCCAGAUGAACGUCGCUGUGCGCGAGAGAGACUUCAAACCGAAGCCGAUGGUGGUGACCAAACGGAGUUCUCCAUUUAUCAAUUACGAGAGGCAGCAGCGGAUAUCAGAAGCUACCUCAAUCUCUUUUUUGGUAUUCUAAUCACGCUCCCAGCACCUGUUAUUGCGUUCGCUUCGCUGUUAAUUGAAAACCUCGGAUAUGGAAAAUUUGACACAAUGCUCUACACCUGUCCGUCAGGUGCCGUUCAAAUAUUCUUCAUUUGGGUUGGUUUAUUCUUUUGCCACCUCUGGCCUCACCGCCGAUGCGCAAUAACAAUUGGUCUCACAAUUGUGCCUUUAACCGGAACCAUUCUGCUUUUCUCACUUCCUUUGACGGCUGGAUGGGGCAUGAUAAUUGCCUCUUGGCUGGCAUCCGUCAUAUCAAACAUUUUCACCAUCCUUCUAAGCCUAAGUGCAUCUAAUGUCCGAGGGAACACCAAAAAGGCCAUUGUCAAUGCUCUCUUCUUUGUGGGUUACUCGGCUGGUGCUGUAGUUGGACCCCUGUUGUGGAAGAAUGAAAAUGCCCCACGCUAUUAUGAUGGUCUGGUUUUGGCAUUGGUGAGCUGGGUUGUCUUAAUUGCUGCUGUGACCUUUUAUUGGUACACUUGCUACUCUGAGAACAAGAAACGGGUGACAAGCGACGCGGGCGAUAGUUCCGAUCAGCUAGGGCGAGAUCCUACAGAUAAACAGAACAAGGCAUUCAGGUACUCAACCUGA